AUGAAAUAAUAGAAUUUGUUUACUUGUUAAGAUAUUGCACAUGAAGGAGAAGUUAUAUAAGGAUUUUGUUUAAAUUUGGGAUGCUAAGAUUCAAGAUCUUAGUUUUGUCUUUAAUGUGGAUUUGAUCCUAAGAAACAUACUAAUUGCAAGAAAGAUCUAAAAGGAUUUGGUUAAAUUGAGAGUUUUCUCACUAAAUUCAAUUAACAUAUACUUGAUUUGACUAUCUAAUUAAAUAAAUCCUAUUCAUCAGUCAAAACAAAAUAUGAAGAAUUCACAAAACAAUUGCAUAAUCUGAAAAUAUCAUUACUUAAUAUAUCUGAAGGUUUAAGUUAAUAAGAUUAUAAAUAAAUCAAAGAUAAUUUGUAAAUUAUUAAAGAAUGGUAUCAAUAUUCAAAUAAUCAAGAGGAGAUCAUGAAGUAGAAUUAAAUUGGUAUUUUUCUAUUAGUAAUAUUUAUAGGAACUUAACUAUUUAGUAUAAAAAGUAUGAUAUAAACUUUGGAUUUAGACAACAAAUAAAAAUAAUAAAUUAAAGGUAUUUAUCAAAAUAAUGAUAUAACACUUGAAUAAGGUAUUCAAUUUGUUUAAAAUUAAUUAGGAAUAGAAUUAUUAAAUUAGAAAAAAUGGUAAGAGGCUCAUGAAAAAAUAAAUUAAUACUUAAAAUUAUUAGAGAAACAAUAAUCAUUAGCGACAUUUUUUUAAGGUAACUACAAAUUAUUUAUCUAAUUAAGGUAUUUCUUUAAUUAAAAUGAAUCAACCUGGAAAAGGAAUUAUAAAUAUAAAAUAAGCCAAAAAGAAGAUUAAUAGUAACUUAUAUAGAGAUUUAUUGGAUUAUUCAGAUAUAGAACUUAGAUUAAAUCCAAAUAAUGAAUAUAUUUUAAUUGCAAAAAGUUCAUAUAUUCAAUCAUUUCUAUAGGCUAUGCAUUAGAUGAGAAAAGAAAUAUCAAUUAGCCAUCGAUGAAUGCGAAAAGCUGUUGAUAGAAUAAUCUUAAUAUCUCCAUGCAUUGUAUAGAAAAAGUACUCACUUAUUUUUUAAAUAGGUUUAUCGUUAUAAAAUUUGAAUGAACAUUCACAAGCGAUUUAAUGCAUUGAUAAAGCUUUAAAUUAUGAUUCAAAGUAUAUUGUUGGAUAUAGUACAAAAGGUAAUUUAUUAGUUUAUGAUUGCAAUAGGUUAUUCAUUAGAUGAUCUUGGAAAAUAUAAUGAAGCAAUAGCUUAAUAUGAUAAGGCAAUCGAAUUAGAUCCUAAUAAUGCAAAUGCUUAUAAUAAUAAGGGUUAAUAAUUAUGUUAUUCUAAAAGGGUAUUCAUUAGAACAUAAAGAGCUUACAUAAUCUUCAAAAAUAUAAUGAAGCAAUAGUUUGUUAUGAUAAGACAAUUGAACUGAAUCCUAAUGAUUUAAAUGCUUAUAAUAAUAAGGGUUAAUAAUUAUUUUAUUCUAAUAGGUCGUUCAUUACAUAAUCUUCAAAAAUAUAAUGAAGCAAUAGUAUAAUAUGAUAAGGCAAUCAAACUGGAUCCUAAUGAUGCAAAUGCUUAUGAUAAUAAGGGUUAAAAAUUAUGUUUUUGUGAUAGGCCAUUCAUUACUUAAUCUUCAAAAAUAUAAUGAAGCAAUAGUUUGUUAUGAUAAGGCAAUCGAACUGUAACCGAAUAAUGCAAUUGCUUAUAAUAAUAAGGGUUAAUAAUUUGUUUAUUGUAAUAGGUCGUUCAUUACGUAAUUUCCAAAAUAUAAUGAAGCAAUAGUUUGUUUUGACAAGGCAAUAGAACUGGAUUCUAAUUGUGCAAUAGCUUAUGAUAAUAAAGGUUAACAAUUAGUUCAUUUUAAAAGGUUCUUUACUAUCUGAUAUGAAGAAGUAUUAAUAAGCCAUAGAGAAUUAUGAACAAGCGCUUUUGGAUUGCAAACAAGACCAAAAUAAAUUUAAAAAAUUAAUUAUAGAAUUAAGAAAUAAACAAUGA